AACGCGCUCUCGCUUCUCUCUCUCUAUUUCUUCCUCCGCCACUGAUCUCUUUCUGAACUGGCACCUAUAAAUUUGAGAAGCAACUCAUCCUUUUUUUCAUUUACGAGGAACGCCCCCAAUCUUUCUCCCUCUCUGGGUCUCUCCUUCUCCUCAUCCAACCAAAUCCAACACUCUCUUUCUCUCUCUCUCUCCCCACAAAUGAAAAGGAAAGCUCGAUUUUAGAGGACAAUUAAGAAGAAAAGAUACACAGUCUUUUCAAUCUCUUCUUUACUGUUCGAUCCUUUCUCUGAAACUUCACUUCAUUUCUUUUCUCAACUCUCUUUUCCCUAUCAGACGGCAGAGCAAUGAGAACAGAUAUGAGGAAGAUCUCGAAGUCUGCGUGGCCCAAAAUAGUUGCCCGGAAAUGGUUAAAUAUACAGAGUGGAGCAGACGAGUUUCAUUCCGACUAUUGCGUAAGAGACAGAACAGAAAGAAGGAAGAGCUGCUCAGACGAGGACUAUUACGUUUUCGUACCGGAAGAUUUUUCAGGUAGUUUGACUUAGACCAGAACUUUGCUAAUGGUUUCGUUUUGCUUUGGAUCUCAACCGUCAAAUAAUCUAAUCUCACUACACAAAAAUUUUACCUUUUAGCGCCUCUGAGCCGUCAGAUCGAUGGCUUUACUUUGAUUGAUUAUGAUUGAACGUCGGAAACAAAAAGAAGGAUGGUUGAUGGAAGCCAGCAGUGGACCUAAACGGAAAAUGGAACCGGGAAAACCACUUGCCACAGGUUCUCUUAAUCUCAGAAUGUUCGUGGGGACAUGGAAUGUUGGAGGGAAGUCUCCCCAUGAUGGCCUCAACUUGAGAGAUUGGCUAAAGUCACCUGCUCCUGCCGACAUUUAUGUUCUAGGGUUCCAGGAAAUUGUGCCCCUGAAUGCAGGGAACGUACUUGGGGCAGAAGACAAUGGCCCAGCUGUUAAGUGGCUUUCCCUCAUUCGACAAGCACUUAACAGCAACAAGAAUGGCCAGGAAGUCCCUCAAUAUUACAACAAUACGGCUGAAUUAAAGCAUUCAUCUUCACCACAGUCUGAUCAACAAGCUUGCAUCAAACCUAGACUCAGCUUCUCUGACUUGCUGUCAUUAGAAGAUGAGCUUGGAAAUGAAGAUUUUGAAAGAUUACUAAACUGGAAUUCAAAAUUAAGCUCGAGUGAGGAAGCAUCUCCCAGCCCAUCUUGCACCUCUGCAGGCAGUCCAAUGCAGCGGCAUUACUGCCUAGCAGCUAGCAAGCAGAUGGUUGGGAUCUUUUUAUGCGUGUGGGUUCGAGCAGACCUCUACAAACACAUAAGCAAUUUGAAGGUCUCCUGUGUGGGUCGUGGCAUCAUGGGUUACCUAGGCAACAAGGGCUCAAUUUCGAUUAGUAUGACAUUGCACCAGACAACAUUCUGCUUUGUUUGCACGCACUUGACUUCAGGGGAGAAAGAAGGUGAUGAGAUCAGAAGAAAUUCAGAUGUCAGUGAAAUAUUAAAGAAAACAAGGUUUUCUCAUUCAUGUAGAGGUCUUGGUCAGCCUCUUCCUCCUGAAAGUAUAUUAGAUCAUGACAAGAUUAUUUGGCUUGGGGAUUUGAAUUAUCGGCUUGCAGCAGGCUGUGGUGACACACAUGAGCUUCUAAAGAAAAAUGACUGGAAAGCACUUCUGAAGAGAGAUCAGCUAAGGAUAGAACAAAGAGCAGGGAGAGUUUUCAAAGGGUGGGAAGAAGGGAGGAUAUAUUUUGCUCCAACAUACAAGUACCUCAAUAAUUCAGAUAAUUACGUAGUUCAAACCUCAAAAUCUAAAGAAAAACGUCGAACUCCUGCAUGGUGCGACAGAAUCCUGUGGAAAGGUGAAGGUCUUAAACAGAUGUGGUAUGUGAGAGGAGAGUCCAGAUUCUCGGAUCACAGACCUGUUUAUUCUCUUUUCUCUGUUCAGAUCAACCUGUCAAAUUCAAAUUUGAACAAAUCCAAUACUAGCCAUAAAUCUGGUAGAUACUGUCCAGGAAGAUCUUCAGCGAGUUCAGUUUUGCAAUCAGCUUGUAUGGCCAAAGUGCAAGCAGAGGAACUCUUGAUAAUUCCCAGGGCUCAAAGUUACAUACACACAGCCCCUAGGUUACCAUAACUACAAAGUAAAAAAAGCUAAACCUCAUUCUGGAAAUUUUAGACUAUAACCGUCAUUAGUACAGUGAUUUUUUAUUAUGACCAUUGAUUAUGAUAGAUUCGAUAUAGAUAUAUCAUAAUCGAUGAUUAGAAUAUAUCAAUCGUACAUAUAACGGUUAUACACCCAAGUAUAAUUGGAAUUUCUACAGUAUGGAGUGGCGCUGCCUGCAAUACGUGGUGGUGGUUUUCAUGAUGAAAAGGAUAGAGCCAUUUGAUCAAUUAAGGGUGUAUUGCCAGUGGCAUGCCUGCAAUUUUUGACUUGUAAAUAUCUCUUUUUCGGAUAUUGUGUUGAAGGUUUUGUAGAUGCAGGAGAAUUAGGAAGUAAGAAGUGCUCUAGAGAUUGUUUGGAAAUGGGAUUUUAGAGGUGGGAGUCUUCAGUAAGCCUUUUGAUCUGUGAAAUUUUGUUUUCAAGGUAUUAUUAGUGGAAAAUUUAUAAUUCUAUAAAUUUUCUUCUUUCUCACUGAAAUUUCAAAGAACACACCCUCUUGUGUUAUUAAUUUUCAUGUAUGCAAUCUUACGCUGGGGGAACAAUUGUGUAUGUAUCUUGGAAAAACGUGGCUACACUAAUAAUAAUAAUUUAUGGUUAAAUGUAUAGAUGGGCGCUUCAGCUAUUUGAGAAAGGUCAUGGGCAUCUUUUUUGUUUUUUUAACUGCAAUUGAAUUGUAUGGUUGAACAAUUUAUGGUUGAUUUCAUGGAAUUAAUUUACACAUUUGCCCUUC